UUAGUUCCCCUUUGUGUGUAACUGUUAAACUGCACAUAUACAGUACAAGCUGACCCCGGUUCUUUUUAAGUAGAAAAAAGGGACAUAUAUCAGGGCUUAUUAUAUUUAAAGGCGAAACAUCAACAACGAUCCUGACUCAAACAGAGCAUUACUAAUUCAUUAGCGACACUCUGCUAAUUACACACAUAUAUAUAUAUAUAUUUAUAUUUAUAUAUAUAUAUAUAUACACACACUCUUUUCAUCUUGAGACCAAUAGUUUCUGCAAAAUUCCCUCUGAGACGACAUUAACAACAACAACAAUAUGGAUUUGAAGAAGUACAACAUAAGUUACUUGGCUCUUCUCUGGCUCUACAUCUGCUGUUACUACAGCUGUUGCUGUUAUGCUGAUAGUGUCAAUGUUACUGUCCAGCCAGAACAGGCCGAUAACAUCAGCGUCACGUUGAGUCCAACAAAAGCGAAACAGAUGGCAGCAGUGGUGGGACAAAAGAAGGAAAAAGUGUCACAUGACAUCUAUAUCCAAGAUGGUAAGAGUGGGGAAUCUGCUGCUGCUGUAGCUCACAUCGAGGGCACCGAGUCACCAAACCAAACAAAUGAAUUAACCAGCAGUAAAAGUUACGUCACUAACCAGCGAGAGAAUUCUGCAAGCGUUCUUGUAUUGAAUAUGAUGUUUGCUCUCUGUAGCAUUUGUGUAACUUUGGCAGCAGUUUUCCCACCAAAAUUCCUAUAAAUCCCACCAAUUCAACAAAGGGAGAUAAUGAAGUUGUAUCACUGAUCAGACUUUGUAGCUGACAUCCAGUCAAAUGCAUUUUUGUCGGUCUCUCAUUUGCAGUCUGUCUCUCAUCUGUUUGUCUUUUACAACUUUUCUUGUCUUUUUUUCCAAUCCCACU